GACGGGUACGCGCGCGCGCACCUCGCUUCCCUGCAUGCAUACAAGAGUCGUGAGUCGCGAGUGCUGAUAAAGAUUUCGCUCAUCCGCUUCCCCAUUCCGUCUUACCUCUCCCGCCCGCACAACAGCCAGGAGGGUAGGGGCACUUCUUCUCCUUCAUCAUUCCUUCCUUGCGCGUCUAGACUUGCGCCUUCACGCAGCGUCCCCCUUGCGCGCACUCGCAGCGACGGCGGUUCCUUGCCAUUCCAUCGCGUACCACUGCGCACCAUGACGGUUCUAGACCUGCAAUCGGAUCUGUGCACGCUCUUUGAGGAGCAAGCAAGGUCCACACCUUCCCUGCUAGCACUCGAAGAUGCCACAUCAACAUGGACCUACGCAUCGCUGGAAGAAGCCACGGGAGUGUUUGGACACACGCUGCAAACGCAGUACAAGGUGGCAAGGGAUGAGCUGGUAGGCAUCUUGAUGGAUCGUGGAGCGCACAACGUCAUCGGUUCGUUGGCUGCUCUGCGAGCGGGAGGCGCCUUUCUCAGUCUCGAAUUGGCUUAUCCCGACGCGCUUCUGGGGGAUGUGGUGGAGGAUGCCAGACCGCGGGUGAUCCUCACCCAAGCCGCUCACAAGCACAGACUCACAAAGCUCGGCAUCAAUGUCCCCGUCAUUGCUAUCGACCAACUUUCCCCCGACGCAUUCAAGGGCUCAGCUAGACCAGCCAAAUCUCCCAAGGUGGGCCAAGAGGACGAUCUGGACAGAUUGGCAUUCGUUUCCUACUCUUCCGGCACGACUGGCAAACCCAAAGGCAUUGCCAAUCCUCAUCGAGCAGCAGUCGGCUCCUAUGAUUUGCGGUUUGGCCUCUGCAACCUGCAAAAAGGCGAUCGCGUGGCAGCCAACGUCUUUUUCAUCUGGGAAAUGCUCAGACCGCUGUUCAGAGGGGCUACAUGCGUGGCCGUUCCCGAUGCUGCCUCUUACGACCCCGAGCUUCUGGUCGAUUUCCUCACCGCGCGCAGCAUCACCGACACGCUCUUCACGCCCACUCUGCUUGCUACCGUCUUGGCUCGCUAUCCCGAUCUAGGAGAAAAGUUGCCGACAUUGACGAGCAUCUGGCUCAAUGGAGAAGUGGUGCCUUGGGACUUGUGUCGCAGAACACUGGCCACCCUUCCGAAUGCCCGGCUGCUCAACGUCUACAGCGCUUGCGAGACGCAUGAAGUGGGCGCUGGAGAUGUCGGGGAGAUGAUGAAGCAGAUGCAAAUCGCUUUCGAAGUGCAAGAGAAUGCUGCCGAUGGGUCUGGCAAUAACGGAGUGUGCCCAGUCGGACCUUUGCUGGAUCCCGACAACGCAUACAUCCUUGAUCCGGAUGGCAAACCUGUCGAGCAAGGCGGCAUCGGCGAACUCUGCGUGGGCGGUCCUCUGCUCGCUACCAGAUACCUCAACCUGCCAGACAUGACCAUCAAGGCGUUCGUCCAGAAUCCCUUUGCCAAACCCAACUCGCCAUUCCAACGAAUGUACAGGACGGGAGAUGCGGCUAGACUGGUGCAGCCAGAGAACGGAGCAGGCGCGCCGCUGCUGGAAGUUACGGGAAGAAUCGGGGGAAUGAUCAAGACGAGAGGCUACACGGUGCAGCCUGGAUUGGUAGAGGCUGCCAUUGUGGCCCACAUGCAGGUGAGAGCCUGCGCUGUUGUGGGGCAUGGCGAAGGUCUAGAAAAGAGAUUGGUGGCGUACGUCGUCAAGGAUGAUUCCUCCAAGCACGAAGCAUCUCAGGAUGGACUCAAGCGCACUGCUCUCAACAUCCACGCUGCCGGCUACAGUCCAGAGGCUAGAAGAGCUCUAGCGGGUCAUUUGGCCCACUAUAUGAUCCCUUCCGUCUGGAUUGAGAUGGACGUGCUACCCACCCAUGCAGUCUCUGGCAAGAUUGACCUGCGCGCUUUGCCAAAGCCGCCCCCUACCAGACCUGCUACGCCCACCACGCCUACCAGGCCCGGCACUGGAGAAGGCAGCAAACUUCCGAGCGGAGCGCAGACGCCGUCCGUCAAGGUCACCUCGGAAGCCAUUGCCGAGGCUUGGUCCGCAUCUCUGGGUCUUCCGCUGGACGCCUGCAACGGCCCUGGACACACCUUUUUCGACUUGGGAGGUCAUUCCUUGAGCUUGGCCGACCUAGCUGGCAGAUUGACAAGACUAUUUGGUUUUUCAGUUCCUGUCGCUCCGCUCGCCGCCAAUCCUUCGAUCGAAGGUCACAUGCAGACCGUGGUAGCUGCGAGGGAUGGACACUUGUCCGCCCUCAAUGCGGAUCUGCCAGCGAUGCUUCGGGCAGACUCGGCGCUGGAUGACGAGGUUCGCCCAACAGGCCCGCAAUUCGCCUCUCUACGCCAGAUCAAGAGCGAUCGGGUCAGAAAUCAUGCAGAACCGCAAAGCAUCUUGCUGACUGGAGCUACUGGCUUUUUGGGAGCUUUCCUCAUUCGCUCCCUCAUCGAACAGAGGCCCAACGCCAAGCUUCUGUGUCUGGUCCGGUUCCCCACGCCGGAAAAUGGCAUGCAAUCGGCCGGAUUGGCGCGUAUCAGGAGCAACCUGAUCGAUCUGGGUCUUUGGCACGACAGCCUUUUGGACCAGAUCGAGGUGCUGCCAGGAAACAUCUCCAAACCCCUCUUUGGAAUGGAUCAGGUCAGCUUCGACAAAUUGGCGGAAAGGACGGACGCAAUCGUACAUGCGGCUGCUACGGUCAAUCUGGUCUACCCCUACGCGGCUCUGCGCGAGCCAAACGUGCAAGGCACGCAAGAGAUUCUCAGGCUCGCUUCCCUCGGCGGCGCCAGCGUCAUUCACAUUUCCUCCAACGGAGCUCUGCCGCCCUCUUCGGACGGUCAAAAGUGGCGAGAAGAUGCGACGCUGGCUUUGGAAAAGGUGCACAGCGAAAUUCCGGACGGAUAUGGUCAGACCAAGUGGGUAGCUGAACAGUUGGCACAUCAGGCACGAGCGAGGGGCUUGCCAGUCACCAUCGUUCGACCUGGAACGCUCUCGGGCUGCUCCAAGAGUGGAGCUUCCAACCAGUGGGAUAUGCUGAAUGCUAUCAUCGUCGAGGCUCUGCGCAUGAAGGUUGCUCCUAUCAUCGAAGGGUGGAGGACGGAAAUGACGCCAGUGGAUUACGUUGCGGAUGCCAUCGCUGCGAUAGAUGUGGAGUUUGAGAAUGUCGAAAGCUCGGACGCCUUGGCUCCCGUCCUGCACCUGUGCAACAGCGAUCCACCGCUCGCUGCCAGCGUUUUCGAUAUGCUCCAACGCCUGGGCUACUCGACGGAAAAGAGACUAGAGUGGGAAAUGUGGGUCUCGAAAUGGAGAGCUGGAGCGACGCUGUUGGCUGCUAGAUCCAACAACAGCACCAACAAGUUGCCCUUUUGCACCGAGAUCCUUCGAGGAAGUCUACCAACAGUGGACACGCUGCGAUUGGUGCCCAUCUUGGACGAUUCAAAAUCUCGAGGCAUCUUUGAAAAGGCUUUGGGGUACGAGAAACCCAAGAUAGACGAGGCGCUUUGGCAGACUUAUACGAGACACUUUUACGCUAGGGGUUGGUUGCCCCACUCGCCUACGCGCUCCGGAAUCAGCACCCCGUCCACUGGCUACCAGCACGUCGGAAGAUUGGCUGGCAAAGUGGCGGUGGUGACUGGCGCCUCGUCGGGCAUCGGCGCUGCUGUAGCGCUCGCGCUCGCUAACGAAGGCGCUUCGGUCAGCCUAGCUGCUCGACGCACCUCGGCUUUGCAAGGUGUCAAAGCUCGCGUGGAGAGCGUGGGUGGUAAAGCUGUGAUCUGUCAGACGGACGUGACCUCCAACGAACAGGUCAAGUCGCUGUUCGAGGAGACGAAGGAGCGAUUGGGAGAGGUGGAUAUUGUGGUCAGCUGUGCUGGAGUCAUGUACUUCACCAUGAUGCACAAUGUCCAGACGCAGCAGUGGGAUCAGACGGUGGAUGUGAAUUGCAAAGGAUUGCUGCACGUCCUCGGCAACAUUGUCCCAUCCAUGCUUUCGCGCAAAGCGGGUCACAUUGUGGCCAUCUCUAGCGAUGCUGGACGCAAAGUCUUUCCCGGCUUGGGCGUCUACUCUGCAAGCAAAUUCUUCGUGGAAGCGACGCUGCAGAGCUUGAGGUUGGAAACGGUGGGAAGCGGGUUGAAAGUUACUAGCGUUCAGCCUGGCAAUGUGGCCACGGACCUGCUCGGUAUGAGCAGCGAUAAAGAGGCUUUGGAAAAGUAUGGAACGCCGACUGGCGCAAAGGUGCUGGAUCCAAAGGACGUUGCGAAUAGCAUCGUGCACGCCCUCUGUCAACCUGAACACGUGUCUGUCAACGAAAUCCUCGUGGAACCUAGAGACGAGCCCAUCUAA